CCGCCCCCUCCGGUCCUCCGUGGGAGCAGCGGCGGGAGUGGAGCACAAAGCGGGAAGUGGCGACACGCCGCGCGGGACAACGACGUCCGUGUUCGGGGACAAAAGGCCGCUGCUGAUGAAGAAGACAGAAGAGAGUUUAGCAGUUGCCUUCUUUGGCGCGCCGCAAUCUGGACUUUUGGGGCCUGUAAGUGGUGGCGGAUUUCCUCUAUGUGCGGCAGCUGUUUCUUUUCCUGGAGGUUUCCUUGAUGGUCUUUGGCUUUGGGGCUGCAUCUUGUGCGUGUACUUCAUGACGAGGGAUUGUGUCAGGAUGCCAUCGCAGGAGGGGAAGGAGUCGCCUCCCAUUGGCAGCCGCUCCAAUAGUCGCCUAAAAAGCAAGAAGCCGCCCAGUCUUGUCAUAGCCAUACCUAAACCUGAGGAGAUGAUGUCCCGUGACACUACUAAGCAAUCCGUGCGGCCAUCUUUAAAGAAAAGCAUGAGUGGCCAAGCAACUGGUUCCGUGUCGGAGAGUCUGGGCGCAGGUGGAGAUGGAGGCUUCUCAGCCUCAGAGAGAAGGGAAAAGUUUGGAAGGCAGACCUCUCUCUCACAAAGCAUUCGCAAGAACACGGCCCAGUGGUUUGGAGUGGGAGAGGACUGCGAGAGCAAGCAGCAGGUUUGGCAGAGGAAGAGCCUGCGCCACUGCAGCCAGCGCUACGGCAAGCUGAAAGCCCAAUACAGAGAGCCUGAAACUGCCACCAGCAUGGAGCAGAGUCUGGAAUCCCCAGGAACACAGAAGAUGCCUAAGAUUGUGGACCCCUUGGCACGGGGUCGAGCCUUCCGUUACCCAGAGGAGAUGGACCCUCGCUCCCCCAAGGGGUAUCCUAUCACCCCUGGAGUCACCUCGCUCAGCUCCUUCACCAGCCAGCGCUCGGUGUACAGCCGCUUCCCCAAACGUAAGAGGGAGUCCGUGGCCCGCAUGAGCAUCCGUGCUGCCAACAACCUGCUGAGGGGCCGAAGUGGCUUAGUGGGUUCCCUCACAGGUCGCAGCUUCCCCAGAAGGAGCUUCGUCAGACCCAGCUGGAUGGACGACGACACCGUGGACUCGGCAGACAUGUCAGGCUCGCUGUAUUUUAGCAAGGUGGACGUCCAUGGAGAGAUGUACUCCAUGGCAGAUGAUGUGUUUGAGUCACCGCCAAUAUCUGCCGCUUUUGCCUCAAGUGAACCACUGGAGCAGAAGUUAGCAGGCCUUAAGGACAUAUCUCGAACACCAACAGCGGUGCAGGAGAAAAGCCAACCUCGGCGCGGCCAUCGCAUCGCUUCCCAGGUGAAGCACUUUGCCUUUGACAAACACAAGCGUCACUACGGCAUGGGCGUGGUGGGCAAGUGGCUGAACCGCCAUUACCGACGCAGCAUCAGCAGCAACGUCCAGAAACAGCUGGAUGACUUCCACAGCCACAGGCCUUACUUCACUUACUGGAUCACGUUUGUGCACGUUGUAAUCACUUUGCUGGCAUGCUGCACUUACGGCUUUGCCCCUGUGGGCUUUGCACAACAUUCAAGAACGGAGCUGGUGCUGAAGAACAAAGGCAUCUAUGAGAGUGUCAAGUAUAUUCAACAACAGAACUUCUGGAUUGGUCCAAGAUCCGACGACCUGAUCCACCUGGGAGCCAAGUUCUCUCCUUGUAUCCGUCAGGACAAACAGAUAGUCCAUCUGAUCCAGAAGGCCAAAAACCUGGAGAAAGAGUCUGGAUGUUGUGUCCAGAAUGACAACUCUGGAUGUGUGCAGACCUUCAGCUCCGACUGCUCUGAGACACUGGCCACCUUCAUCAAAUGGGACAAUGAACCUGUGGACAUUACCAGGUCUUCUGGCUCUGUCUGUCACCAGGAUCCCAGAGUAUGUGAAGAGCCUGCAUCGGCCGAGCCUCACACCUGGCCAGAUGACAUCACCGAAUGGCCGGUGUGUACAUUCCCCAAGAAGUGGAACCACACGGGCUACCGACACAUGGACUGUAACAUCAAGGGGCGGCCAUGCUGCAUAGGCACCAAGGGAAGAUGUGAGAUCACCACCAGGGAGUAUUGCACUUUCAUGCAUGGAUACUUCCACGAGGAGGCCACCCUCUGCUCACAGGUGGACUGUCUGGAUGACGUGUGUGGCCUGCUUCCUUUCCUCAACCCUGAUGUGCCCAAUCAGUUCUACCGUUUCUGGCUCUCCCUCUUUCUCCACGCUGGGUUGCUACACUGCCUGGUGUCAGUGGUCUUUCAGAUGACCAUACUCAGGGACCUGGAGAAGUUGGCUGGUUGGCUCCGCAUCUCCAUCAUUUACAUCUUCAGUGGGAUCACUGGAAACCUGGCCUCGGCCCUCUUUCUGCCCUACAGAGCGGAGGUGGGUCCAGCUGGAUCUCAGUUUGGACUCCUGGCCUGCCUCUUCGUGGAGCUCUUUCAAGGUUGGCAAAUGCUGGAGAAACCCCGAAAGGCCUUCCUAAAACUGUUGGGCAUCGUCUUCUUCCUCUUCCUGUGCGGCUUGUUGCCGUGGAUCGACAACAUCGCCCACAUUUUUGGCUUCCUCAGCGGUCUGCUGCUGUCCUUCGCCUUCCUGCCCUACGUCACCUUCGGGAUGUUGGACAAGUACCGCAAACGGGCUCUGAUUGUGGUGUCGCUGCUGGCCUACCUGGGCCUGUCCUCCUCACUCAUGGUUUGGUUUUACAUCUACCCCAUCAACUGGCACUGGCUGGAGCAUCUCACCUGCCUGCCCUUCACCAGCAAGUUCUGCGAGAAGUACGACAUCGACCACGACAUCAACCACGUGGUGCACUAACACCUGACCAUGGCCUUGACUUGGCGCUGGUGAGGCAGCACAAAGAUAUACUCAGGACUUCUUGUGCACACAGCUGGAUGAAACCAAAGAAGGCUUUUUAGUCUUUGACAAGGCUCACAAGACAGAGCUGGUCCAUAGGAGGUCCCACUUUACAGGAAGCAGUACCAACCUCAGUCGGAACCUUGGGCCACCCAACCAUUCCUUACAAUUACGCUUCUUGGGUUGAUUAUCCAAUUUUUAAAUUCCUGUAUAUAAAUGUGUAUAUAUAUAUAUAUAUAUAUAUAUAUAUAUAUAUAUAUAUAUAUAUAUAUAUAUAUAUAUACUGUAUAUAUGUGUGUGUGUGUGUGUGUGUGUGUGUGUGUGUGUGUGUGUGUGUGUGUGUGUGUGUGUAUAUAUAUAUGUACAGUAUAUACGUUACGUCAGGAAAAAUACAGAGGCUAUAUCAUCCUUACAGGCUUUUAAGGAUGAUAUAGCCUCUGUAUUUGUUCCUGAACUAACGUAUAUUCUGCUCUACCCCGGUAUUGAGUAUUGGUAUUGAUAUAUAUUAUAUAUAUAUAACGGAUAAAACACAG